CCGGGUCACUACCGGAGGAUCGAGGAUUCGAGGAGUCGAGGAGGGGAAAUCAGUGAAAUGAGAAGGGGCCCAUGGCCCUUUUUAAAACGGGUUUUACAACUCAACAACAAUGCAGCAUCACAUGAUUUCACUUGCGCAACUCAUGCUGCAGUGCUAACACACAGGGAAGUAAGGACCAUAGCUGGAUGUGUUUAAGGGAAUUCUGCCUUAAAGCUGCUUUAUUUUGUUCUUAACCCGGACAGCACGCCUCCUGUGAGGACCAACAUGGCCCUGCUCGGAUUUGGAAAGAUACUGCUGCUACUUCUGCUUUUUGGACAUUCACUCGGGGCACCUGGUUCAUUCAGCGUGGAUUACCAGAAGGACUGCUUCCGAAAAGAUGGGGAAGAGUUUCGUUUUAUAUCAGGAAGCAUCCAUUACAGCCGGAUCCCCAGAGUCUACUGGAAGGACCGACUGCUCAAGAUGUACAUGGCAGGACUGAAUGCCAUCCAGACGUACAUUCCCUGGAACUACCACGAGGAGUCUCCAGGCCAGUACAGUUUUAGUGGAGAGCGGGAUAUGGAGUAUUUCCUUCAGCUGGCCCAAGAUAUUGGCUUAAUGGUGAUCCUUCGGCCUGGACCCUACAUAUGUGGAGAGUGGGACAUGGGAGGGCUGCCUGCCUGGCUUCUCAACAAGAAAGACAUCGUGCUGCGGUCGUCAGAUCCAGAUUACAUCGCUGCAGUAGAUAAGUGGGUGGGAAGCAGGCAAGACAAGUGA